GGCAAGAAGGAUGGAGGAGAAGGAGACGGGGUUUCUGAACAAACCAAUGAUAGAAGAAUCAAUGAUCCAGGAUGAUCAACAAAGGCUACUCGUCAUGGAAGAGCUACACGCGAUUGGGAAAAAUGCAGAACAAGCUUUCCUCGAAAACUUGGCAGCUAGGCAGCAACAGCAGAAUCUGAUGAGGAAACAGGAACAAGAGCAAGAGUUCAGUAAUCAGAACACGAAGGAAGAACAGAGUGACAACAUGGAAUGUGGGGAGGAGGAGGGGACUCAGAGCCUUGAAAGAGAAUCUCGUCAGUCAUUGAAAAGGAGGGAAUUAUCAGAAGAUGGAAAAAAUUCAGAUCAGCAUGAACAGGACACACACCGGAGCAAAAGAUUUCAUAACAGUAGGGAGGAUAAACGGAAGGAGGGGAGUCAAACAACGGGUAUAAAGGAGGAUUCACGGCAAGGAAAAAGGGGCAGUACCCAGCAAACACCACCGUCGGGUAGCGGACAAGAAAUGGACUCCAGUGAUUCGUACGGGGAAAGUGCAGCAAAAGGGGAGUCGGAAAGGGUGUCUGAAGAGGAAGGAGCAAAGGGAGUUUCCACAGACGAAGCGGAAGAUAGAAGGAUGCAUAUGAGGAAUGCGGAAAGUAUGACUGAGGAAGAAAUUAGACAAGCGGAGGAGGAUCAGCGGGACUGCUCUGAAGAUUGGGAUAAUGAGAGCUCAUCAGAAGAGGACAAUAUGGAGGAGGAGAUCAUCACACUAGAGCAGUGGAAGCAGGAGGUGGAACAACUACAAUGGGGACGUACAGUAGAACGCGAAAUCAGAUUGGCGCACCACAAACAUCUCAGAAACCUGAAGCAUGCAACGCAACAUGAUGAAUACGCUAAGAGUUUCCAAUGGCCCAACACAUAUCAGAGCAAAGCCAGCAAGGAUGGUAAGAGGAAGCGGAAAACACAGGCGGAGGAGGAACAGGAAAGCAGAGCGGAACAGACUACGAAGGAAGCAAACCAGCAACAAGAGGGAGAUGAGCAAAAAGAGAAGGAGGAUCUGCAAAGGCAGGCAACAAUUCUGGAAGCUCAGGUGAAUGCGUUAAGGGAUGAGAACAGGGAGUUGGAGGAGGAUACUAUAAAUUUGUUGAAAAUACCAAAAGGUCACUUCAAAGACAUUGAUGCAGCGGCAAAAUUGGGGGCAAAGAAUUGAGCUAAGGGAAGGGUAAUUCUUCCUUGUCGGUGGAAUAAAAAGCAUUCCGAUUG